GACUGCAACCUGCCCGUAGUGUAGUAGACUUGUGGGGGAGAGAGACUUCGCGGCUAACUAGCUAAUUAGCCAGAUGGGAGGAUCUGAGUAAUCCAGAUGUAGCCAGCUGGUUAUUUGAACACCUACAGUUAGUGAUCUACCUAUCUACCUUGGUAAAGGCCAGCGUGGCGAUUGACAUUCGUGGGGCGCCAGUGAGUGCCUUGUUUGGGAGUACAACUGUCAGUGGUCGCAUCCAGACUGACUGAAGUGUGGUACUACAGACCGGGACCCGAAUGUGAUGCUGAAGACAGCGGGCCUCGGCGGGAUAACUGUUUGAUUAGCUAUAUAACAGCACGGUCGUGUCAAGCAAGAAAACGUAGCCUAUCUAGUCUAAGAAAACAAACCGUGGAUUAGUCGUUUUCGCUGUGCAUAAUCAGUGCAAAAUCAUCUCCGCUCAAGACUGUCGCACACUUCCCGAACGUGAUGGCAGAUGACCUGUGUGGAGCUCUGGAGAAGCUGAAGCUGGCGUCUGCCGAGAGCGGCGUGGACAGCAUGGAGGGCUGCCUGGACUGCCUGCUCAAAGCCCUGGCCCACAACAAUGCAGAGACCAGUGAAAAGAUCCAGGAGUCGGGGGUCCUCUCCCUGUUCCCCGGCCUGCUGACCCCCCAGACUGCCUGCACGCCCAAAGUAGCCAACAUCAUAGCCGAGGUUGCCAAAAACGAGUUCAUGCGGAACCCCUGCGUGGGGGCCGGCCUGGUCCCGCCCCUGGUGCAGCUGCUGAACUGCAAGGACCAGGAGGUCCUGCUGCAGACGGGCCGUGCCCUGGGCAACAUCUGCUACGACAGCCACUCUUUACAAGCACAGCUGAUCAACAUGGGUGUGAUUCCCACUCUGGUGAAGCUGCUUGGCGUCCACUCCCAGAACACUGCGCUGACAGAGAUGUGUCUAAUCGCCUUUGGAAAUCUGGCAGAGCUGGAGUCCAGCAAGGAGCAGUUUGCCUCCACCAACGUGGCCGAGGAGCUGGUCAGCCUGUUCCGCAAGCAGGUGGAGCACGAGAAGAAGGAGGUGAUCUUCGAGGUGCUCGCUCCACUGGCAGAGAACGACACCAUCAAGCUGCAGCUGGUGGAGGCGGGGCUGGUGGACUGUCUGCUGGACGUGGUGGACGAGACGGUGAAUGGGGAGCGGGAGGAGGACGUGGCCGAGCUGAAGACCGCGUCCGACCUCAUGGUGCUGCUGCUGCUGGGAGACGAAUCGAUGCAGAAGCUGUUUGAAGGGGGCCAGGGCAGCGUGUUCCAGAGGGUUCUCUCCUGGGUGCCCUCCAACAACCACCAGCUGCAGCUGGCAGGGGCGCUGGCCAUCGCCAACUUCGCCCGCAACGAUGGGAACUGCAUCCACAUGGUGGACACGGGCAUCGUGCAGAAGCUGCUGGACCUGCUGGAGAGGCACGUGGAGGAGGGCAACGUCACGGUGCAGCACGCUGCCCUCAGCGCCCUCAGGAACCUGGCCAUCCCUGUGGUGAACAAGUGGAAGAUGCUGUCGGCCGGGGUGACGGACGUGGUGCUGAAGUUCCUGCCGUCGGAGAUGCCGCCGGUGCAGUUUAAGCUGCUGGGGACACUGCGGAUGCUGAUCGACACUCAGGCGGAAGCGGCCGACCAGCUGGGCACCAACAUGAAGCUGGUGGAGCGGCUGGUGGAGUGGUGCGAGGCCAAGGACCACGCCGGGGUGAUGGGGGAGUCCAACCGCCUGCUCUCCGCCCUCAUCCGGCACAGCAAGUCCAAGGACGUCAUCCGGACGAUCAUCCAGGCGGGCGGGGUCAAGCACCUGGUCACCAUGGCGACGAGCGAGCACGUGAUCAUGCAGAAUGAGGCCCUGGUGGCUCUGGGACUUAUUGCGGCUCUGGACCUGGACUCUGCGGAGAAGGACUUUGAGGGGGCCACCCUGGUGCAGGUUCUCCACAAGCUGCUGUCGGACGAGCAGAGCGCCCCGGAGAUAAAGUACAACUCCAUGAUCCUCAUCUGCACUGUUCUUGGAUCAGAGCUGCUUCACAAGGAGGUGCAGUCCCUGAUGUUCCUGGAUGUGGUUGCCAAGCUGCGGUCGCAUGAGAACAAGACGGUCGCGCACCAGGCGUCGCUGACGGAGCAGCGGUUAACCGUACAGAGCUAAAGGACUCUCAGCCCCUCCUACCCCCACCCCUCUCCUCCUCGAACCCCUUCCUCAGCCCCCUCCGUUACAGGACGUCCCGUUAGGGGUCUUUCUACCGUCCGUGCAUGCAUACACAGCCCCUGCAGCCACUGUCCCCUAGGGGGCGCCGCAGGCAACCCCUCCCGAAUAGAGAGCGUACGCGUCCUUUUUCCAGACCGCAGCUGUGAUAGGAUCCGCCGAAGCAGUCCAUCGCACAUUCAUUGAGUGUCCCGCGUGUCCGGUGUCGCUUCAAACCCCAGCGUAGCUUCAGACAUGUGCAUGUUCUGGUCCGGUCGGUGGUGUAACAGUGUUCAGCCUUCACGUGCUCGAAAGCGAGCGUGCGUUAGCAUGCUUCCGCCCCUCCAUUCACCAUUUUUAUCUACGUAGA